UCAAAAAGUAAUCAAAAUAUCGAAGCAUUCCUUAGAAUUCAUGGCCCUCUAGCUCUGAAAAGAUAUAAACUAUCAGAUGUUAAGAAAAUGACCAAGAACUUCAGAGUAAAGCUGGGACAAGGUGGAUUUGGUGCAGUGUACAAGGGAGAGUUAUCCAAUGGUAGUUUUGUGGCUGUAAAGAUGUUGAGUGCUUCCAAAAAAAAUGUUGAAGAACUUGUGAAUGAGGUUGCUAGCAUAAGUAGAACUUCUCAUGUUAACGUUGUCUCUCUUCUUGGAUUUUGUUUGAAAGGUCCCAAGAGAGCUCUCAUCUAUGAAUUCAUGUCCUAUGGUUCCCUUGACAAAUUCAUUUACACAACAAGAGAUCAAACCCUUCCACCCUUGUCUUGGAAUAUUAUAUAUCAAAUCGCAAGGGACAUAGCUCGAGGCUUAGAAUACUUGCAUAAGAGAUGCAACACUCGAAUUUUUCAUUUUGACAUAAAACCACAUAACAUUCUUCUGAAUGAGAACUUCUGUGCAAAGAUAUCAGAUUUUGGGUUGGCAAAACUGUGCCCUAGGAAUGGAAGUAUCCUUUCCCUGUCAGAUGCUAGAGGAACAAUGGGGUAUGUAGCUCCAGAAAUGUGGAGCAGAAAUUUUGGAAGAGUUUCGCAUAAGUCUGAUGUUUAUAGUUAUGGAAUGAUGCUGCUAGAGAUGGUUGGAGGAAGGAAGAACAUUAAUGCCGAAGCAAGUCAUACAAGUGAGAUAUACUUCCCACACUGGGCAUACAAUAAGCUUGAGUUGGAGAAUGAUUUGAGACCAGAUAUGGAGAUGACAACAGAAGAAAAUGAGAUUGCAAAGAGGUUGGCAAUGGUGGGUUUAUGGUGUACUUAA